GACGCCUGGAGCUCCUACGACCGUUCAUUAUGCCUUAUUACAAUUUGAAGGCCCUUAUAAAGGCCAUCCGGGCAUGCAAAACGGUCGCGGAUGAACGGGCCCUCAUCCAGCAGGAAUCCGCCGCGAUACGCGCGUCCUUCCGGGAGGAAGACACCUAUGCCAGAUACAAUAACAUUGCGAAGCUGCUGUACAUCCACAUGCUGGGGAACCCCGCACACUUUGGCCAGAUCGAAUGCCUCAAGCUCGUAGCGAGUCCUCGGUUCGCGGACAAGCGGCUGGGGUACCUUGGAAUCAUGCUGCUGCUGGAUGAGAACCAGGAGGUGCUCACGCUGGUCACGAACUCGCUGAAGAAUGAUAUGAACCACACGAACAUGUAUGCUGUCGGAUUGGCAUUAUGUACUUUUGCAAACAUUGCCUCGGAAGAGAUGUCGAGAGACUUGGCGAAUGAAAUCGAGAAACUACUGGGAUCCAGUAACACGUACAUUAGGAAGAAGGCGUCGUUGUGCGCGCUUCGCGUAAUCAAGAAAGUACCAGAGCUGACGGAUCACUUCACCUCAAAAUGCAAGCAUCUGCUGACAGAUCGAAAUCAUGGCGUACUCCUGACAGCGACGACCCUUGUCACUGAAAUGUGUCAAGUUGAUGAAUCAUGUCUCCAAGAGUUCCGUGAAGCCGUGCCGCUGCUCGUACGACACCUGAAGGCACUCGUGACUACAGGUUACAGCGCAGAGCAUGACGUCUCCGGGAUCGCAGAUCCUUUCUUGCAGGUCAAGAUCCUGCGGUUGCUGCGCAUUCUCGGCAAAGGCGAUUUGCAUGCUAGUGAGACGAUGAACGAUAUCCUGGCCCAGGUAGCGACGAAUACCGACGGUACCAAGAACGUCGGCAAUUCCAUUCUGUACGAGACCGUCCUCACGGUCUUGGAAAUCGAAGCGGACAGUGGGUUGCGUGUCAUGGCUAUCAACAUCCUUGGGAAGUUCCUCAGCAACCGGGAUAAUAACAUUCGAUAUGUGGCCCUGAACACCUUGAACAAGGUGGUCUCCAUGGACACCAACGCCGUCCAGCGGCACCGGAACACCAUCCUCGACUGCCUGCGCGAUGGCGACAUCUCCAUCCGGCGGCGCGCGCUCGAGCUCUCCUAUGCCCUCAUAAACGAGCAGAAUGUUCGCCUGAUGGUCCGCGAGCUGCUCGCGUUCCUCGAGGUCGCGGAUGACGAGUUCAAGCUCGGAAUGACGACCCAAAUAUGUCUAGCUGCGGAGCGGUUCGCGCCGAACAAGCGGUGGCAUAUCGAUACGGUUUUGCGGGUGUUGAAGUUGGCAGGUAAUUACGUCCGUGAAGAGAUCCUGUCUGCCUUCAUCCGACUCGUCGCACAUACACCUGAACUGCAGGCGUACACAGCUUCGAGACUGUAUACCGCCCUUCGAGACGAUAUCUCGCAAGAGUCGCUUACGCUGGCGGCGACUUGGGUAAUCGGAGAAUAUUGUGACAUCCUCCUCGAGUCUGGCAUCGUCGAGGAGGAGCAAACGAAGCCCGUGACCGACGCCGAGCUCGUGGAUCUCUUAGUAUCCAUCCUCGACUCCGCUUACGCCAACUUCCUCAUCAAGCAGUUCGUGCUCGCAGCGAUUACGAAGAUCUCUGCCCGUCCAGGUAUCAGCGCGGCGCAGCAAGAACGGAUAGGGAGCAUCCUGGGAAGCUAUACAACGCACCCAGACUUGGAGUUGCAGCAGAGGGCUGUCGAGUUCGCAAGCCUGUUCAGUCUGGGUGAGCUGAGAAGCGGGGUGCUUGAGCGGAUGCCACCGCCAGAGUUGAAGGCCACUGUCCUAGGUGUCGUCAGCGAGAACAAGCCCGUCGGGUCUACGCAAACUGGGAAGGAGGGCGAUCUGCUGGGAGAUGAGAUAUCAUCUAAUGGUGCAGGCGCUGCUCCGGUUAAUGGGUCAGCUCCUGCUCGAACCAACGAGGAUUUACUGGCAGAAAUCUUCGGCUCUUCUGCAUCGACUACUUCGGCUGCACCGACAUCGCAACCGACGUUACCGGGAGGGGCCGCACCAGCGAAGAAACCCUCCACCAUCGACGACAUCUUAGGUCUCUUCGACUCAACUCCCCCCGCCGCCACAUCUUCACCAGCACCUGCACCAGCACCUGCUGCACAAACGUCCUCGGCAUUCUCAUUACCACAGGCGCGGUCGCCGCCGCCGGCUGCCGCACAGCCUGCGGCGCCACGGUUGACCGCUUAUCCCGCAUACGAGAAGAACGGCUUGAAGAUAACCUUGACUCCUCAACCAAAUGCAGCUCGACCUGGUGUAGUCAAUAUUUUGGCUAGGUUCCAGGCGUCGGCAGGACAACCUGUAACGGGCCUUGUUUUCCAGGCAGCGGUACCAAAAUCACAACAGCUACAGAUGUUGCCAAUGUCGAAUCCUAACGUCAACCCCGGGUCUGUGGAGACGCAGCAAAUGCGAGUCAUCGCGCCACCAGGGAGCAAUAUCCGCCUUCGUUUACGGAUAUCAUACACAUCUGGAGGCACCCCCGUGCAAGACCAAGUAGAUUUCGCAGGAUUUCCCCCCAAUCUUACCAGUGGGGGUUCAUGA